AUGGCUUUAAAAACGGCCACUGUCUUGAUUCUCCACCUAUCUUCACCUACCCUUUCACCCCAGGAGGGAAAUUUGUUAGGAGCACGGGCGAAACCGCCCGGCAAAAAGGAGGAAAAGGGCAUUGGCAUAAUUGGCCGGGCACGGACCCUUUCGGUACGAAAAAAAAAGUUAAAAAAACAAUUUUUAUUAAAAAUAGCACUUUUGGUUUUGCGUAAAGCAAAAUUAUUUUUAAACCGCCCAUAUUUAAAAAAUUUGCAAUAUAGCAAAAUAUUGUUUAUUACAUUAACAAUUACAAAUUUAUUUUCGAAAACGAAAAAAAACGUUACGCAAAUAUACCAUUUAAAUACCGGGCAAUUAAAAAGCUUGCGGGAAAUACCGUUAUUAAACAAAAAAAUUAUAAAUUGUUUAAAACGUUCCGGAUUUGUUAGGAUUUGGUAA